UUCUAUGGGUGUUGCACGUUCGUAAAUUCAUCCGUUAUUCAGCGUUCUGGGACAAACGAGAGUGCUCUGAAAUUGGAGUAGAUAACCAGAGUUCAUUUACGAACGCACCCGAGAGUGCUCUGAAAUCUGAGUAGAUUGCCACAAUGAAUAUACAAGCGCACCCCUACUCCGAUUUCAGUACCAGAACGCAGAAUAACUACCUAUUGAAUUUAUGAACUGUUGAAUAUUACAGGUAUCAGGAAAAAAACGUUAUUAAAUUGUUGCCAACAGCGCAGUUACAGUCACCAACUCUCUAGAUGACAUGAAAACAGCUUAACCUGCUCUGCUAGCGCGAGUUAAAUGGUUAGAGUGAGGUGUUCUCUCAUUUAUGUCUGGAAGUAACUAGCAAGCUAGCCAACUUUAGCCAGUUAUCUUGGGUGCUCGACUGCCAUUGUGAGGUCAGAACGCUCGGAUCAACCCUACUCCUCGGCCAGAGCGUCAACUGUGCGCUCUGAAUUUACGAACGAACAAUCUGACAUUUCUCUCAAUUUACGAACGCACAGAGCGCGUUUACGAACACACCCCAAGUUGAUCGCGAGGCAGCGGCAGCAGCUCACGUAUCCAUGGCUACCCGGAUGGUGCAACUCGCUCAGCCCAAACCCAGCCUGCUCCGAUUCCCUGACCGACGGUCAGUCUACUGGCUAGAUGAACUCCCACCUGAAAGAAAUGGCUCCACCACCACGUUUGAGUUGACUCCCCACUGGUCCCAGCUGUGUGGCAGGAAGCGGCUUAAUUCUGGGUUUGAACAGAGCAGGUUAUCUCCCCAAUGGGAGGUCAGUGUAGCAGCUUUGAGUGCCUAUCCAUCCAAUAGACUGUGUUCUCUGGCUUUGCCCCGCCUCCCCACCAUAGGCUGGGAACCUGACCGCCCCCUACUGGCCUCCCUGAGCAGAGCGGUGCAGACUGCAGUAGCCAGUCCUAGGGUCUGCCAGUUGGCCUGUCCCAAGCGGAGGCAGGGUCUCUAUUCGUCCAAGACCUCACUGGCACCCCCCCACCCAGCUGUAACCUCCUCCCGACUACAGCUCCUUGCCCUCCCUAAGUCUGACCACCCCCAGUAUGCCCAGGACCGUCCAGUCAUCUGGCCAGUGCCUGGGCCAGUGAGGAAGGCAGUAGCCAGUGAGAGGGUGCAGGUCCUUUCACGGCCCAAUCAGCGGAAGGCGCUGUUCCAAGGCUACAACCCGUACACGGUUACCCUAGCUGCACGCUCCGCUAGCGCCUCGCCGCGCCUACAGGAGCUUUGUCUGCCCCUGCCGCGGAAAUGCAAGGGCAAAUAGACGAAUGCAUCUCAUCUCACACCUCUACAGUACCCCCAGCCGCCUCUUCUUCAGAUACUCUUUUCUCCUGUACAGCAUGUCCCUGAUCACCACUGCUCCAUAAUAAAGACCCUCUAUGAUCUCA